CGGUGGCUCCUUGGCAUUUGAGGGCUUCCUCCUGAGCUUCUCAGAGCAGAGGAGAAGAGGCACUUGGAGCAGAACAGAGGUUGGGUCUUUCCAUGAAGAUGGAGAUUACGUUGGAAAGAGCUCCGUUGGAGGAAGAGCAGCUGGGUCAGGCCCAGGAAUGUCCCCAAGAUGCCCUCUCACAUGGCAGUGAAGAAGCAGUGCUGAUCUGUUCUGUUCAUAGAGGUGUGCAAACAGCUGCUGCACCUCCAGGCCAGUCUCUGGUGUCUUUUGAGGAGGUGGCCCUGUAUUUCACAGAGGCAGAGUGGGCACUGCUAGAUCCAUACCAAAGAGCUCUUUAUGAAGACGUCAUGCUGGAGAACUAUGGUAGCGUGGCUUCUCUGGCAGAGGAUGAGCAGUGGAAUGAGGGUGAUGCAACAGCGCUAAAUAAAGUUCAGAAUGAAGAUUUGGAAGGAACCUUCAGGAAUCGAGGUGGACCUAAUAAGCAGAAAGGAAGUCACAUACAAAGAACAGAUAAAGGACAGAAAGCUUACGGCUGCACAGACUGUGGCAACAGCUUCUCACGAAAAUCAGAUCUUUCUCAAAACCAUUGUAGGACUUAUUCAGGAGAGAAUCCAUUAAUCCGCAUAGAGAGUAGAAAGGCCUCUUCUGGUAUAAGAAAGGGUAAUAUACACCUUCCAAAGCACAGUAUAAUAAGGGCAUAUAAAUGUUUUUGGUGUGGUAAAUUCUUCAGCUGCAGAUCAAAGUUCCUGGUGCACCAAAGAACUCAUACAAAGGAGAGACCUUUUGAAUGCUCAGAGUGUGGAAAGAGAUUCCUUCAGAGCUGCACUCUUCAGCAGCAUCAAAGAACUCACACAGGAGAGAGACCUUUUGAAUGCUCAGAGUCUGCAAAGAGGUUCAGUCAGAGUAGCCAUCUUCAGCAGCAUCAAAAAACUCACACAGGGGAGAGACCUUUUGAAUGCUCAGAGUCUGCAAAGAGGUUCAGUUGCAAUAGCACUCUUCAAAGGCAUCAAAGAACUCACACAGGGGAGAGACCUUUUGAAUGCUCAGAGUGUGGAAAGAGAUUCAGUCACAGUAGCCAUCUUAAAAGGCAUCAAAUCACUCACACAGGAGAGAGACCUUUUGAAUACUCAGAGUGUGGAAAGAGAUUCAGUUAUAAUAAGGAUCUUCAAUGUCGUCAAAGAACACACACAAAGGAGAGACCUUUUGAGUGCUCAGAGUGUGGAAAGAAAUUCAAGCAAAGUAACACUCUUCAAAACCAUCAAAGAACUCACACAAAGGAGAAACCUUUUGAGUGCUCAGAGUGUGGAAAGAGAUUCAGUCAACAUCGCUAUCUUCAACAGCACCAAAUAACUCACACAAAAGAGAGACCUUUUGAAUGCUCAGAGUGUGGAAAGAGAUUCAGUCACAGUAACCAUCUUCAAAGGCAUCAAAGAACUCACACAGGGGAGAGACCUUUUGAACGCUCAGAGUGUGGAAAGAGAUUCAAGCUAAGUUGCCAUCUUCAAAUACAUAAAAGAAUUCAUACAAAGGAGAGGCCUUUUGAAUGCUCAGAGUGUGGAAAGAGAUUUAGUCGAGUGGCAGUCUUCAACAGCAUCAAAGAACUCACACAGGGGAGAGACCUUUUGAAUGCUCCGAGUGUGGAAAGAGAUUCACUCACAAUAGCGCUCUUCAUAGGCAUCAAACAACUCACACAGGGGGGAGACCUUUUGAAUGCUCAGAGUGUGGAAAGAGAUUCAGUCAGCAUCGCUAUCUUCAACAGCAUCAAAGAACUCAUACAGGGGAGAGACCUUUUGAAUGCUCAGAGUGUGGAAAGAGAUUCAGUCACAAUAACCAUCUUAAAAGGCAUCAAAUCACUCACACAGGGGAGACACCUUUUGAACGCUCAUAGUGUGGAAAGAGAUUCAGUCAGCAUCGCUAUCUUCAAAAUCAUUGAAGAACUCACAAAGGAAAGGCCUUUUGAAUGCUCAGAGUGUGGAAAGAGAUUCAGUUAGAGUAGAACUCUGCAAAAGGAUCAAAGAACUCACACAAAAGAGAAACCUUUUUGAAUGCUCAGUGUGUGGAAAGAGAUUUUGUUGGAGUAGCACUUUUCAGUAGCAUCAAAGAACUCACACAAUAGAGAAACCUUUUGAAUGCUCAGAGUGUGGAAGGAGAUUCAGUCACAAUAGCACUCUUCAAUUGCAUCAAAGAACUCACACUAAGAAGAGACCUUUUGAAUGCUCAAGAUGGAAAGAGAUUCACUCAGAUUGGCUGUCUUCAAGACCAUCAAAGAACUCCCAGAAAGGAAAGGCCUUUUGAAAGCUCAGUGAGGAAAGAGAUUCUGUCAUAGGAGCACUCUUCAAAAGCAUCAAAGAACUCACACAGACACUUUUUGAAUGCUCAGAGUAUGAAAAGAGAUUCAGUCAGUGUGGCCAUCUUCAAGAGCAUCAAAGAACUCACACUGGGGAGAGACCUUUUUAGAGCUCAUUGUAAGGCUCCUGUCCACUCUCAGAUAAGGCAUCCCAGUUUGAUCCCCUUCUUUUCGUAAUAUUUUGGGGAGCACCCCCUGAUAGCAGAACUUGAUUUUUUAUGCUCUGUGGAAAAAAUUCACUCUGCUUGCCUAGUUGUCUUGUUCUUUUUGUGUUCUUUUCUGUUACAUUCCUCUGAUUCUUAAAUAAGUUCGUAUUUCUAUGUGCACAUCGCUGCAUUGAAGCUGUUUGUUCUUUUUCUGUAAUCUUUUGCUUCGUUUUUUAACUGUAGCAAGUAGCUUUCUCACUCAUCUAUCAAUGUUUUAAAUUUCAUUUGGCUACAUAAAUAGCCCUUCCACAGUUCAAGAGAUUAAUUGAUAACACCCCCUCUUCUUUCUACUUUUUCCCAGCCAUUCUGGGGAUUAUCAGUUAUUUAAUCAUCUUCCUACAGUUGUAUCAUAGCCCCAGCUUUGCUCAAAGACAAGAAUAAAACUUGUAAGAGUA